AUGCUAGACUUUGUCCUCCACCCGUCUUCUCCUGACACGAGUGGCAUACCUGUCGAAGAUGAGAGGCUGCAGAAGGUGACGGAGUGGGUGUCCAAGCAGGAAGAUCCCAUUGACGGCGAACUGCUGCCAGAUGCAUCUCAGACCGCAAAGGAGCUUCUGGCGAAGGGCCUGUUUAAGGUCAAGUUCACCGCGGCUCUCCUUAACGGGAUCGAACCCGAAGGUGGUGGGGGCGUGGGCACUCCGUUCGAGAGCGAGGGCAACGGCGACUGCUUGUUGAAUUCGGUGGCGGCCUUCUUUGCCAAGGAGGGAGGUCGAAAAGCGAAUCUGGCAUGUACUGCGAUCACACGCUGGAUGCCCAGGGACGAUUGGUGGAUGUGUUUUGGGCUACCGUCCAACAGCAAGAACAGAUUGCAAGAUUUGGGGGCUACAUACAGCUGGAUACAACGGUGUUCACGAACAGGUGCACCUAAUACCCCCUUCGACAGGUUGCAUGUCUCCACAGCAAAUGUGGGACCGCUCGUUACGCUACGCUGCUCAUGGUUGCCCUUUAAAAUCCACGCUCGUCGUGUAUGGUCGGGGUAUUUGGUGCUGCAAGGAGAAGUAUCAACGCGUCAUGUAACUCGGACUGAUUGUUUGUCUGUAGGUACGGGUGCCCUAUUCUGUUCGUCGUGGGCGUCGACGACGACAAUCGCAGCUGCAUUUUGGGGCAGGGCCUUCUGCAGUCUUGAGUGUACGGAGAUGUUCGAAUGGAUCCUGAACAGACAUGAGGCCGCUGCCGGUGGGCCGAAGCCGAAGGUGAUCUUGACCGACGCUGAUCUUGCAAUGACGGCUGCAAUAGCCUCUUGCUGGCCAGGGACGCUGCAUUUGCACUGCUUGUGGCACGUCUUCAAGAACGUCCUCAAGAACUUCUCGUCAUCAUCUGCUAACAAUGACGACAAGACCGACAUGAUGCGUUGCUUCAGAAACGCAGCUGAUGCAGCUACCCCGGAGGUGUUUGCGACCCAAGUGGCCCGGUUGGAGCAACUUGUGGCCGGCAAGAAGUGCGAAGGAUACAUAGCGGACUUGAUCAAGAACAAGGCCAAGUGGGCGUUCUGCUGCCGGCCCGCUGUCCUCACGCUAGGCAUGGUUGCUACUCAGCGCACGGAAGGUUUAUUCGGGGUGGCGAAACGCUCGGGCGUCGACAAGAAGCUAUCUCUGUGCGCUCUUUGGGAUCGCCUGCAACGUCUCAGCAAGAUGAUUGCCAUAGACUGUGAGUGCUUUUGA